AUGAAGUCGCGAACAGAGAUUUCAGAUAAUCGAUUUUUGGGACGAAUUUCGGCAACAUCGAUAAAGAACCUCCUCCCUAGAUCCGUCUCCAGUAAGCAAAAGACAAACACUGUUCAUACAAAAUCACGAUGUAGCAGCGAAAACACUCCACCGGUUGAUCCCAACAUAGUGGCGGAUAACAACACAGUCUUACCUUCAAUCCCCAAACAAUCACAACUGAAGCUCACAAAUUCCCCAAAGGAAAUCAUCAGUUCGGAUGAUAACCAUGAACUACCAGCACAUCCAGAUCCGCCAGUCAAGGUUAUGGCGAGGAUCAGACCAGUUAAUGACCAUGAAAGUGGGCAUUUGACGGUCAGUAAGGUUUCUGAUGAUUCAAUAUCGGUCGGGGAUAGAAAUUUUACUUUUGAUUCAGUUCUUGAUUCAAAUUCAAGCCAGGAAGAUGUAUUUCGAUUAGUUGGUGUCCCACUGGUUAAGGAUGCCUUAGCAGGCUACAACACAUCAAUCUUGGCAUAUGGACAGACUGGAAGUGGAAAGACUUAUACUAUGUGGGGUCCACCAAGCUCAAUGGUCGACGGUCACUCAGCCAGCAGUCUUCAGGGCAUUGUGCCACGCAUCUUCCAUAUGCUGUUUUCUGAAUUUCAAAGGGAGCAGGAGAAUGCAGAAGGUAAACAGAUAAAUUUUCAGUGCCGCUGUUCGUUCCUUGAGAUAUACAACGAACAAAUUGGGGAUUUACUUGAUCCAACCCAACGAAACCUAGAGAUAAAGGAUGAUGCCAAAAAUGGAUUCUACCUAGAGAAUCUGACUGAGGAAUACGUGACUAGCUAUGAGGAUGUAACUCAAAUUUUGAUUAAGGGACUUUCAAGUAGAAAGGUUGGAGCAACAAGCAUAAAUUCUAAGAGUUCAAGGUCCCAUCUCGUGUUCACAUGCAUGAUUGAGUCCUGGUGCAAGGAAACCUCGUCAAAGUGUUUUGGUAGUUCAAAGACGAGCAGAAUCAGCCUCGUUGAUCUCGCUGGACUUGACAGAAAUAGACUUGAUGAUGCUGGUAGAAUGUGUGUGAAGGAAGCACAGUAUGUAAAAAAGUCCAUAUCACAGCUUGGGUUCUUGGUAAAUAACCUCACCAAAAGAACUCAACCCGGAAAACCUGAAGCUGCUGUUCCAUAUUCAAGUUCCUGUUUAACGCAUUUACUGAGAGAAUCACUUGGAGGCAAUGCCAAACUCACUGUUAUAUGUGCCAUCUCCCCAGAUAAGAAGUGUCACAGUGAAACAAUGAGCACACUCAGAUUUGGACAGCUCACAAAAUUCAUGUCGAAUGAGCCAGUAAUAAAUGAAAUUAGAGAGGAUGAUGUUGAUGAUUUGAGUGACAAGAUUCGACAGCUGAAGGAAGAACUGAUAAGAGCAAAGUUAAAUGCGUGCAACUCAUCCAGAAACAACAGCGGAUAUUUUAUGGGACGAAGCAUACGUGAAAGCGUGAAUCAAUUGAGACUAAGCCUUAAUCGCUCAUUGAUUCUGCCCCGUAUAGAUAAUGAUUCUGAAGAAGAUGUACAUAUUGACGAGCAUGAUGUAAGAGAACUAUGCCAGCAGUUUGAUAAUUUGCAUCGUUCUUGUGAAGAGAACUCAAAGCACACCUUUGAGAUUAGAGACUCCACCCAGUUUGCCUCUGUAGAAUGUUGCAAGACAGGCUUGACAAGUGAACACUACGUAAGCUUUUCAGAAGACAGUGACAAUGAAGAAAUUAGCUCAAAAGAAUCUGAGACCAACAUUCCACAUCAGGACUGCAUUGAAUCUGUGACUGACCUUGAAAACUUUCAUCACCCAGCAAGGACCACUGAUCCUGCCUUCAGAAGUAGGAUUUCAAUAAGUGCAUGCCGUCAGUCUGCAGUACUCCAAGAUCCAACAUUGUCUGAGUCGCCAAAAAUUGAAAACGCAGAGAGGAAGAGCAUAGUCAUCUCAUCAAAUCAUGUGGAAAAUCAGGAGAAUGUGCUAGAGAGUUCCAAGUUCAAUCCACUUGUAUUACGGCACUCACUCAAAGAAAGUGAUCACAUUAGAUCAUCUUUGCGGUCAAGUAAAAUAUUUCCAGGUCCCGCAGAGUCCUUAGCUGCUAGCCUUCAAAGAGGCUUACAAAUUAUUGACUACCAUCAGCAGAACUCCACACCAAAUAAACCUUCAGUUGCUUUCUCUUUUGAGCACUUGACUUUGAAACCGAGUCCAAUAACUGACAAGGCCAACGCUUCUGUCCAAACUUUGCCUGACGAGAGACUAUCUUUAGAUGGACCUUAUGCUUCUUUCCUGUGUGCAUCUUGUCAGAAAAGAGGACUUGGUGCCUCAAAUAGAGUCCAGGAUAGCUCGAAGAUAUGGACUGUUGCAGUAGAUGCGGCAGAUCAAGUGCCUGAAGAUGCUGUAAAAGAUUUGGCAGAAUCCAUCAAAAGAGAGAAGGAGCUUGAAAAUGUUUGCAAGGAACAAACAGCCAAAAUAGAGCAGCUAAAUCAUCUGGUAGAGUUAUACAAACAUGAGAGAGAACAGAAUGCUAUCAUUGAAUAUAGCAAUGCUCAUCGUGUCGAGGGCUUGAAAAAUGAAGUGCAAGCAAUUGAUAAUCUGAAAACUGAAAAUAAUUAUCCAGUGAAGGAUGAAAACAAGCUUCUGAGAUGGAAUGAUAGUGAAAAUCUUGAACCAGAGAUUAUUAAGAAAGAGUGCGAAAUAAAAGAAAUCCGGGAAGAAUUGGAACAGGAGCACAGGAGGACAUCAUUCAAUAUGAAUGAGAAAGAAGAAAUUGAAGGUCCACAGAGCAAAUUGCAGUCAUAUACUGAUGCAUCUCCCCACAGGUCUACUGAUAGACUAAGAUCCUCCUUGUUGUCACAGUCAAUUCAAUUGAGAAAAAGUUAUGCACAUCCUCGGGGUAAUGGUGAUGAUGAACUUGAGAAGGAAAGGCAAACAUGGAUGGAAAUGGAGAGUGAUUGGAUUUCUUUGACUGAGGAAUUGAGAAUUGAUCUUGAGUCCAACCGUCAGCGUGCAGAAAAAGUGGAGAUGGAGUUGAGAUUUGAGAAGAAGUGCACCGAGGAGUUGGAUGAUGUACUUAAAAGGUCUGUCCUUGGGCAUGCUAGAAUGGUCGAACAUUAUGCUGAACUUCAGGAGAAGUAUAAUGACUUGGUUGAAAAGCACCGAUCAAUUAUGGAAGGGAUAGCAGAGGUGAAAAGGGCAGCUGCAAAAGCAGGUGCAAAAGGUCAUGGCUCUCGUUUUUCCAAGUCCCUUGCUGCAGAGCUUUCAGCCUUAAGGGUUGAGAGGGAGAGGGAGAGGGAAUUGCUCAAAAAGGAGAACAGGAGUCUAAGAAUUCAACUUAGAGACACUGCAGAAGCUGUCCAUGCUGCUGGUGAACUUCUUGUUAGGCUGAGAGAAGCCGAGCAAUCAGCUUCAGUUGCAGAGGAAAACUUUACGAGGGUUCAGGAAGAUAAUGAGCAUUUAAAGAAGCAAAUAGAGAAACUGAAGAGAAAACACAAGAUGGAGAUGAUCACCAUGAAACAGUACCUUGCCGAGAGCCGAUUGCCAGAAGCUGCAUUACGACCACUAUAUAGGGAAGAUUCUGAUGUUGCACACAACGACUCAACCCCACAGCCAGAUGAUGAUCAAGCAUGGAGAGCAGAAUUUGGAGCGAUAUAUCAAGAGCAUUAUUAACUGGGAGAAUUUAAGUAAAGCCAAUGGGAGUCGGAUAGCUGAUUGUGGGGGUCAACACACUGGCUAGGCUUGAACCCCUCCUUUCCAUCAGACCCUACUUGGGUCCAAGCACAUAAUCAUCUUUUUAAUCUGUAUUUUUGGGUUUUUUUUUUUUACCUUCUAUUUUUUCCCUUUAAGUUAUGUGUGUAUCUAUUGUAUUACAGGUUUCAUUCUUUCCCCUCCAAUGGGACAGACAGAUAUGUGUUAGCUCUGUUUAUUGAGGUUCUUCGCGUAUGAAUUUUUACACAUCAUGCUGUGUAAUUGACAUUUGAGUCUGCAAAAUAGCUAAACAUUGAUUUGAAGAUCAGCAACUUAUUACUUGACCACUUCAUCAGUUGCAGAUAUGUGUUAG